GUGUCUCCGGGGGGAUCCCUUCGCGCCGCCCGCCGCGGGGUCCGCCCGCCCGCGGUUCGCUGUGACCGAGGGGAGCGGGGUAAAGCCAUAAAUCGGGGAGGCGGCCCGGGCGCGGAGCCUGAGAGCAGAGCAUGGUCAGAAGAGGAAUGGAUGUAACAUGAUAUCCUUGCAGUGCUCAAAACACACAUAUUCUACAAAGAUUUGUUUUUUCAUUAAGUAAUACAAAGAAAAUGGAUGAAUCAGCUUUGCUGGAUCUGUUGGAGUGUCCUGUUUGCUUAGAACGCCUUGAUGCUUCUGCAAAGGUCUUGCCUUGCCAACACACAUUUUGUAAACGGUGUCUGCUGGGCAUUGUGAGCUCUCGAAAUGAGCUUCGAUGUCCAGAGUGCAGGACUUUGGUGGACUGCAGUGUUGACGAACUCCCCAGUAAUAUUUUGCUUGUUAGACUACUGGAUGGCAUCAAACAGAGGCCUCGAAAACCUGGAGCUGGAGGUGGGACUACCAGCACAAAUGCUUUAAGGGUCCCCAUCAACACUGUAGCUAACUGUGGAUCAAAGGACCUGCAGAGCUCUCAAGCUGGACAGCAGCAAAGGGUGCAAGCACGGAGCCCUCCUGUAAGGGGUGUACCUCAGUUACCAUGUGCCAAAGCAUUGUAUAACUACGAGGGAAAAGAACCUGGAGAUCUUAAAUUCAGUAAAGGAGACAUCAUCAUUUUACGUCGACAGGUGGAUGAAAAUUGGUAUCAUGGAGAAGUCAAUGGCGUCCAUGGCUUUUUUCCUACCAAUUUUGUACAGAUUAUUAAACCUUUACCUCAACCUCCACCUCAGUGCAAAGCACUUUAUGACUUUGAAGUAAAAGACAAGGAAGCAGAUAAAGACUGUUUACCAUUUUCAAAGGAUGAUGUUCUGACUGUAAUUCGCCGUGUGGAUGAAAACUGGGCAGAAGGAAUGCUGGCUGACAAAAUAGGAAUAUUUCCGAUUUCAUAUGUUGAGUUUAACACAGCAGCCAAACAGCUGAUAGAAUUGGAUAAGCCCUCAGGUUCUGCCAUUGACUCUGGAGAAGGUACCUCUGGGGCAGCCCACAACAAUUCAACCCAAAAGCACACAGAUACUAAGAAAAACACCAAAAAGCGACACUCUUUUACCUCCCUCACCAUGUCCAACAAGGCUUCACAGUCUUCUCAGAAUCGCCACUCCAUGGAGAUUAGUCCUCCUGUCCUCAUCAGCUCCAGCAACCCAACGGCAGCAGCCCGCAUAAGUGAGCUGACGGGACUUUCCUGUAGUGCCCCUUCUCAGGUUCAUAUCGGUACUACGGGGCUAAUUGUGACUCCACCCCCAAGCAGCCCAGUCACAACAGGGCCUUCAUUUACCUUCCCGUCAGAAGUUACCUACCAAGCUGCUCUUGGUAAUAUGAAUCCCCCACUUCCGCCACCACCUCUCUUGUCUGCUGCAAUCAUUGCGUCGGCUGCUUCUGGACCUCAGUCUACAGGUGUAAUACAAAGGUCUACAUCAGGAUCAACUGACCAAAUGGCACAUUUACGGCCACAAACUCGUCCAAGUGUCUAUAUUGCUAUAUACCCUUACACUCCUCGAAAAGAAGAUGAACUGGAACUGCGGAAGGGAGAAAUGUUCCUAGUGUUUGAACGCUGCCAAGAUGGCUGGUUCAAGGGAACUUCCAUGCAUACAAGCAAGAUUGGUGUUUUUCCCGGAAAUUAUGUGGCUCCAGUUACAAGGACGGUGACAAGUGCAUCACAAACGAAAGCUCCCAUGUCUACUGCUGGCCAAACAGGACGAGUGGUAACUAUGGUCAGCCCUUCUACUGCUAGUGGAACAUCCCAGAAGCUCCAGGGGAACGGUGUGCCAGUGAACUCCAGCACAGUACCCACAGCGGUGGUUUCUGCAGCACAUAUCCAAACUAGUCCACAAACCAAGCUCCUUAUGCACGUCACAGGACAAAUGACAGUCAAUCAGGCUCGCAAUGCAGUUAGAACAGUUGCCUCACAUAGUCAAGAAAGACCUACGGCAGCAGUCACACCCAUACAAGCACAAAGUCCAACAUGCCUUAUUCCUGCAGCUGUGAUCAUUCCCCACCACUCUGUUGCCUCCCAGCAGCUCCAGCCCCAGCUUUCAAAUAGUGCUGCUUAUGUCACAGCUGUGAAUGUGAACCGCUCAACCAUCCCACUGGCAUGUGCAGCAGCUUCUUUGAAUUCUCCUAAUGUUGCUGCUUCAUCUUUGGAGGGAGAUAUUAGUGGAAAAACUGUAAACACACACCCUGGAGCUCCUGCAUCUCCAGAGAGUGCUUUAGCAGCUGGUGGAAAUGCUGCUGUCAGUAAAGCAGACAAGGAUGGCAAGAAAGAAAAAAAAGGUUUGCUGAAACUACUUUCUGGAGCAUCCACUAAACGCAAGCCUCGAUUGUCACCUCCGGCAUCACCAACGCUGGAGGCUGAGCAAGCAGCCGCAGAGUUAGCCCUGCAAGGUGCAGUGGGGCCAGAGCUCCCAUCAGCAGGCACUCACAGCAAAGCUGGACCGUGUCCCACCGACAGCGAGGCCUCUGGGCUGGCACAGGAAUCAUUGCAUCGGAAAACAAGUUCCCUGGAUUCCUCUAUUCCAAUAGCACCACCGCCUCGGCAGCCUUGCUCAUCGCUCGGUCCAGUCCUGAAUGAAUCCAGGCCUCUUGUCUGUGAAAGGUCUUCUCUGUUGUUCCCAUUCCUGUAUUCACUCUUCUCCUGUGAACUAUGUUGGUUGCUUGCUGUGGUCCAUGGUCCAUGGUCAUAUGUUCCUUGUACAGAAGGAGCAGAGAUGUUUAACAGAAAUUUCUGCCAAGCCUUGAUUAGAGUUUGGAGAAUUCCUGUCACCUUGAGACUCUGCAGUGGAGUUCAGUCAUUUCUUCUGAUUCUCCAGACAAGACACAAGUUGUCUUGGGGUGUUGUGAUUUCUUGUAUUGAUGUGGCACUGACAAGGCCAAGGAUCACUGUCUUUUCUUUAAAAAGAUAGACUCAACUCCCUGCAGUUCCCAGAGUCAGACAUGCUCUGCUGUGAAUAUAUAGGAAUUUCUUUAUCUGAGGAGUUCAUUUUUUUCCAUGACAAGAGUUAAAAGAAAGUGGCAAGCUCUUUUCAUGAGCUUUCUCUUUUAGAGGUAAACGUUGCUUAAAUAGCCUUAAAUUUUACAUUAAAUACACUGCACUGUAAUAAUAAACUACCCAGCACCCUGCAAUGGUGUUAAAGACCUGAAGUUGAACCUAAAUACACAUCACUGCAUAUCCUGAACUAUAAAAUGAAUUCUUCAUACAGUUAGAGUGGAGUACAGCAGUAAUUUUGUUCUGUGAUUAAAGUGACCCCAAGUCAUUUUAUCCACCACAAAAUGACUGGUGUAACAUCUGCUCCCAGUGAGCGAGCCAGUGGCUUUAGAGGGCAGCAAGUCUUACCACAUCUGGCAGCAUUUAAUGCUGUUAAUUAAAUGCUGAGAAUCAGUCUGCCCUGUGUUGGUUAUCUGUAGGAGUCAAGGCACCCACUCAGCAGACAGAAGAGAUGCUCAACAGCAGGGCACAGACGAGCUGAAAAGUAAAAAUUCAAAGUGCAAGAAAAAGUAUGAGUUUAACUUGUGUAAUGAUAGUAAUUCCAACAUUCUGUGUUUUCCUUAGCUAAAAUUUUCUGCAUGUGAAAAGUAUUUUUAUCCACUUGGUGAUUAGGCAAACCACAGAUAAUUGUCCAAAAAUCAACUACAACUAUCUGGGAAGAAAAGCAGUAUUUUGUGUCUAGUGAAACAGAAGCAAUGAAGAAAGGGAGAAACACAUGAAAGAUACAAUCUUUUUCAUGUUACUGAAAAAUGUGAGAAAUGCUAAUAUUAAAAAUAAAAAGUAGAAUGGAGAAAUGUGAAGACAGAUCACCAUCCUCCUCAAACUAAAAAAUAAAUUCACAAAUACAAAGCAAAGGCACUGUGGGAUAUGGCCAGACACAUUAAGAAUAUUAGCAAAGAACUGAUGGCAAAUACAGUGGUUAAUUCUGGAAAGCUAAAGUACUUUCAUUUUUAUAAUAUUAACAUUCUAUUACUAGCUGAUCAAAAAGAACUGGGAUAAUAUUUUGAAAAUUAAUGAAAAAUAAUAUAAGACAGUUAAAGAAAAAAAAAAAAGAAGAAAACUCAUAGUUGUACAGCUUAGGUGUAUGUAAAAUAUUAAGAUUAGAUGACCACAAAAGAUCUGCAAAUUUGACCUUCAGACAUUGAAAACAUUUGGAAAUACUGAAUAAGGAGACAAAUAAGGAAGAUUCAAACAUGUGGGAAUGAACAUGUUUUUUCCAAAACAUAGGUCAUGCUUAGUAAAUAUGAUUAUUUUUCUCCAGGGACCUUGCAAUGAACUUUUGAGCUGAAGCAUAAGCUCUUUACUCUGCAUGAAAUUGGUAGUUUUGGCAGUAUGUUGUUGAUGAUGAAAUAAAUAAUGGAAAAAUAGUUUUUGUUCCACAGCUGAUUCAGGGUGAUCCAGAUAGACAGCUGUGUGAAUGUGUGAUGGGUCUGGAUCUGAUCACCCGUCUUUCGGCAAAUAGAGUUUGUAAAAUGUGGCAUAAAAUUUGAAGAGGAACAUGUGAUUUACAGGUGUAAAGCCAGAUGGGUUUCUUCUCAUGACACAUUGAAAAAUAUAGUAAAAUAGCCUUUUAAAACCAAGGGUGCUGUGCUCUGUUUUAGACAUUAGAUUACAAGAUUGAUAUCAAAAUAGUUGGGAAGCUAAAAUUUGAUGAGAAGUACCAAAUUACUGCAGCGUUGAGGUUGCUCAACACGGUAUGGAAAGCUCAGGACAACAGUAUUUCUGCGCUAGCUGGUGAUCCUCUAGGGAGGGCAAAGAGAAUGUGGGUUUUUGCAAAGCUGUUUGUUUUAACACUCAGCAAGCAGCAGCAGCAGAACAGACUAGUCUAUCAAUUCAGGGGAGCACAGAGGUUACUCACAGAAUUAGAAAAUAAAACCAAGUCAAAUGUUUACAGGGCAGCAUUUGACAGAGUGCAGUGUAAGGCAGGCAGGUAUUCUUUCUUUAAACUCAUUUUUUAAACAGGCUCUCUUUUGGAUAAAAUUAGUGCUGUGUAGUGUGCUGGUUAAUCUUCAGCCUGGAAGCAACCUACUUAUUAACAACAGUAGAAGUUUUUCACAGCUUUAUUGCAGUUCUUUAUCCUUCUCUAUCUUGUCCUUGUCUUGCCUGAGUAAAGACUAUUGUUUUAACUCAAGUAGUUUACAGUCUCAAUAAAACUUACAGUCUAUUAAAAAUAUUUGGUUCUUAUUUCCUGAGUCAGCAUUAAAACCCAAGUUGCCCACAGCAGAAGUUAGUGCAGGCCUAGGUUGGAUGUGGAGCGUUCUGAAGCUGCACACUAAUAAAUCUUGUAAUUGGCUUGGUAGCUUUUAUGAAGCAUGAAUCUAAUAAUUCCAGUCCUCUGAAAUCUGGGGAUUGCCAUGACUGAAACAGUCCUAGUUUAUAAGUCACUAGUAAAUAACAUUUGACAACUGAUUAGGUCCAAAUAUGAUUUGCUAUACGCAGAUUUUCCAAGAAACUUUAAGUAUUUAUAAAGUGUUGCUACUCUUUUCUGAAUACUUUUAACUAUCUGGACAGACUUCAUUUUUGUUUUAUGUGUUCUUAAGCAAAAUGUACUACUACAAUACAGUAUCUUUCUCUGCUUCAAUAUUAUUAUCAGUAUAAUGAGCUGAAAUUGGUAUUCCAUCCUUUACUAGACUAUAU